AUGAAUGCAAGGGACUUCCUCUGUUUAUUUAUUCAUUUUUUUCUUUUUUAUUUUCCAGUUUUUUCUUUUUUCUUUUUUAUUUUCCAGUUUUUUCUUUUAUAUUUUCUUAUUUUCCAGUUUUUUCUUUUUGAUUUUCCAUUUUUUCUUUUUUGUUUUUUAUUUUCCACUUCUUUUUUCCUUUUCACUUUUUCUUUUUUCUUUUUCACUUUUUCUUUUUUCUUUUUCACUUUUUCUUUUCCAUUUUAUUGCUUUCAUUUUUUCACUUUUUUUCUUUUCUAUCUUUCCUUUUACACUUUUUCUUUUUCACAUUUUUUGCCCCUUUUUUUUUCUAUCUAUCUAUUGAAGUCUGUUGCUAUCUAUCUAAGUCUGCUUCUAUCUAUCUAUCUAUCUAUCUAUCUAUCUAUCUAUCUAUCUAUCUAUCUAUCUAUCUGUUUUCUAUCUGUUUUCUAUCUAUCUAUCUGUUUUCUAUCUAUCUAUCUAUCUGUUUUCUAUCUAUCUAUCUAUCUGUUUUCUAUCUAUCUAUCUGUUUUCUAUCUAUCUAUCUAUCUAUCUAUCUAUCUAUCUAUCUAUCUGUUUUCUCUCUAUCUAUCUAUCUGUUUUCUCUCUAUCUAUCUAUCUGUUUUCUCUCUAUCUAUCUAUCUGUUUUCUAUCUAUCUAUCUAUCUAUCUAUCUAUCUAUCUAUCUGUUUUCUAUCUAUCUAUCUAUCUAUCUAUCUAUCUAUCUAUCUGUUUUCUAUCUAAUCUGUUUCUAUUUAUCUAUCUAUCUAUCUAUCUAUCUAUCUAUCUAUCUAUCAUAGACUUACUACCUAAUUCUAGCUAUGUCUGUCCGUUGGUCUGUGUUCAUAAUCUAUCUAUCUAUCUAUCUAUCUAUCUAAGUCUGUUUCUAUCUUUCUUUCUAGCUUCUGUUCAUAUCUGUCUUAUCUAUCUUAGUCUGUUCAUAUCUAUCUAUCUUAGUCUGUUCAUAUCUAUCUAUCUUAGUCUGUUCAUAUCUAUCUAUCUUAGUCUGUUCAUAUCUAUCUAUCUUAGUCUGUUCAUAUCUAUCUAUUUUAGUCUGUUCAUAUCUAUCUAUCUAUCAUAUCUAUCUAUCUAUCUAUUUUAG